AGUAGCUUGAAUCCUACGUCAUUCAGUCUUCCAAAGUCCAGUCAAAAACGGGUGGGCGGGAUUUCCGUGGGCCUGGUAUUCAAGUUUGGUUGUAAAGCUUUCCCCCCGCGUGUGAGCUGACAUACUGCUACGCCGAGGAGAACGUGUAUCCACCCUACCACACCUCUUCUUCAAGCAAACUCCUCGACUCUUUUGGAUGCUAUUCGAAACUUGAAAUUGUUCUUCAGCCUUUUAAACGGAAUGGAUUUUGAAAACACAUAACUUGGAGAGCUUCUAGUAAAAAGUGUGUUGAAAUAGCCCACCGGUGGAGUUUGUCAGCGUUUGAGGACGUCGCAUUAGGCGUUUCUGGAAGGGAAAUUAACUUAAAGCUGCAAUGGAUCAAGCCAGCGGUGGGGAGGAUCCAAAUAAGCCCUCUAAAAAGAAAUCCAGCGAGGAUGAGGGUAAAAACAAAAAGCUGAACAUACACAUAAAAACAUUGGCUGAUGAUAUGCGUGAUCGUAUUACCAGUUUUAGGAAAACGGGGACGAAGAAGGAAAAGCUCCUGAUACAGCACCCAACAGAUCCCCUGUCUACCCAAACGGAACUUCCUGUUCCUCAGCCUCUUUUUGAUGAGCGGUCCAUGAACCUCUCAGAAAAAGAAAUCAUUGACCUCUUUGAGAAGAUGAUGGAGGACAUGAACCUGAAUGAGGAUCGCAAAGCGCCGCUGCGAGAAAAGGACCUGAGCACCAAACGCGAGAUGGUGGUCCAGUACAUCUCAGCCACGGCCAAAUCUGGUGGACUGAGGAACAGUAAGCAUGAGUGUACCCUUUCUUCCCAAGAAUACGUCCAUGAACUGCGUUCUGGCAUCACAGAAGAAAAGCUGCUCAAUUGCCUGGAAUCCCUCCGAGUGUCUCUCACUAGUAACCCUGUCAGUUGGGUUAAUAACUUUGGCCAUGAGGGUCUCGGACUUCUUCUGGAGGCACUGGAAAAGCUGCUGGACAAGAAACAGCAAGAGCCCAUUGAUAAACGCAACCAGCAUAAACUUAUCCAGUGUUUGAAGGCUUUCAUGAACAAUAAGUAUGGACUGCAAAGGAUCUUGGGAGAUGAGCGGAGUUUGUCGUUGUUGGCUCGAGCGAUUGACCCCAAACAGACCAGCAUGAUGACAGAGAUUGUCAAAAUCCUCUCCGCUUGCUGCAUCAUCGGAGAGGAAAACAUCUUGGAUAAGAUUCUGGCUGCUAUGACAAUUGCUGCAGAAAGGAACAAUAAAGAGAGAUUUGCUCCAAUUGUGGAAGGACUGGAGAACCAUGAGGCCCAGCAGCUCCAGGUUGCCUGCAUGCAGCUGAUCAAUGCCCUGGUCACCUCCCCUGACGACCUGGACUUCAGGAUACAUUUGCGCAACGAGUUUUUAAGAUGCGGCCUAAAGAAGAUCCUUCCUGAGCUAAAAGAGACAGAAGAGCUGGACAUCCAGCUGAGGGUGUUCAAUGAGAACAAGGAGGAGGACUCGAUCGAACUCUCACAUCGCCUGGAUGACAUCCGCGCAGAGAUGGAUGAUAUGAAUGAGGUGUACCAUCUCCUGUCCAAUAUGGUGAAAGACACUGCCUCAGAGACCUACUUCCUGUCAAUCCUUCAGCACCUAUUGCUCAUCAGAAAUGACUAUUACAUCAGGCCUCAGUACUACAAGGUGAUAGAAGAGUGUGUGUCUCAGGUGGUCCUCCAUCGCAGCGGGAUGGACCCGGAGUUUGUCUAUAAUAAAAGAUUGGAUGUGGACUUCACCCACAUGAUUGAUCAGCUUGUGGAUAAAGCCAAAGUUGAAGAGAGUGAGCAGAAGGCAACAGAGUUCUCCAAAAAGUUUGAUGAAGAGUUCAGUGCACGGCAGGAGGCCCAAGCCGAAUCUCAAAAGAAGGAAGAAAAAAUCAAAGAGUUGGAGGGGAAGAUCCAAGCCCUGGAGUCCCAGAUUGCUACAGGCCUUACUGCAACUGGAGCACCACCUCCACCACUUCCAGGAGGUGCUGGAGUUCCACCACCACCUCCACCUCCUCCUCCCCCACCUGGUGGUGUUCCUCCACCUCCUCCACCUCCUCCACCUGUCCCUGGCCAUGCUGGCAUUCCGCCACCACCUCCUCCUCCACCGCCAGGUGGUGGACCACCCCCUCCCCCGCCACCACCUGGUUUUGGGCCUCCACCCCCGUUUGGAGGCCCACCAGGACCUCCGCCACCUCCUGGAUUUCCUGUUGUUAAGCUGCCUUAUGGACUGGAGCCCAAGAAGACCUACAAGCCUGAAACUGUCAUGAAGAGGGUCAACUGGACCAAGAUAGUGCCUCAGGAAAUGGCAGAGAAUUGCUUCUGGAUCAAAGUCAAAGAAGAGAAGUUUGAGAAUCCUGACCUAUUUGCUCAGCUUUCCCUCUGCUUCUCCUCACAGAGCAAAGGUAAGGAGGCAAAAGACCUGAAGGAUGAAAAUGAAGAAAAAGUGCCACAAUUUAAGAAAAAGGCAAAAGAGCUUCGUAUCUUGGAUGCCAAGACUGCACAGAAUCUUUCAAUUUUCUUGGGCUCGUUCCGCCUGCCUUAUGAAGAGAUCCGGGACAUUGUGCUCCAGGUAGACGAGGAGAGACUGAGUGAAUCACUCAUCCAGAACCUGAUAAAGAACCUGCCAGAGCAGAAAGAGCUGAAUGCGCUAGCAGAACUAAAGGGUGAAUAUGAGGAGCUUGUGGAGUCAGAGCAGUUUGGCAUUGUGAUGAGUUCAGUAAAACUCCUACGGCCACGUCUCAACGGCAUUCUGUUCAAGCUGACGUUUGAGGAGCAGGUGAAUAACAUCCGACCCGACAUCAUGAAUGUGACAUUUGCUUGUGAGGAGGUGAAGAAGAGUGAAGGUUUGAGCAAACUCCUGGAGUUGGUUUUGCUGGUUGGCAAUUACAUGAAUGCCGGCUCAAGAAACGCCCAAACCUUCGGUUUCAACGUCAGCUUCCUUUGCAAGCUCCGAGACACUAAAUCUGUCAGUCAGAAUACAACACUUCUUCAUUUCCUGGCUGAGAAGUGUGAAGAGAGCUACUCUGAAAUUUUGAGGUUUCCAGAUGAACUGGAGCAUGUGGAGAACGCUAGCAAAGUGUCCGCCGAGAUCUUAAAAAGCAGUUUGACCAACAUGGAACGGCACAUUCAGAGGCUUGAGAAUGACAUCGAAAACUUCCCCAAAACAGCCGAUGAACAAGAUAAGUUUGUGGAAAAGAUGUCUGGCUUCAGCAAGAGUUCCAGGGAGCAGUAUGAAAAAUUGUCCACCAUGCACAAGAACAUGCAGAAGCUGUAUGAAAAUAUAGGCAGUUAUUUUGCCUUUGACCCCCACUCGGUCAGUGUGGAAGAAUUCUUCGGAGAACUGGCCAACUUCCGCAUGCUCUUCAUGGAAGCAGUGAAGGAGAACCACAAGAAAAGGGAGAUGGAGGAGAAGAUCAAGAGAGCCAAGCUGGCGAAGGAGAAGGCAGAGCGUGAGAAGCAGGAGCGCCAGCAGAAGAAGAAGCAGCUGAUUGACAUGAACAAAGAGGGAGACGAAACCGGUGUGAUGGAUUCCCUGAUGGAGGCUCUGCAGUCAGGGGCCGCCUUCCGUGAUCGGCGAAAACGGACACCACGCAACGGUGAUCAAAGCCCUACCAGUCCAGCCCCGUGGUGGUCGGGUGCUAAUUAUGGUAACAGAACUCUAGACAACCGUCGUGCAGUCCUGGAAAGAUCUCGCUCACGGCACAACGCAAAUCACCAAGCUCGAUGAUCACCCGCGCCUACUAUAAGACGCUAGAUAAGUGCCAAAGAGGGCUGCGAGGAGGAGACCUAGAAGACAUCUGAAGGAGGGACAGACCACCCCUUACUGUGGCACAUACACAAACUCCAAGGAAUCCCACAUACACACAGCACCAAGUACAGAACAAACAAGCCUAAAGAAACUACACAGAACUGAAGAAUCAUUUUCAUCCAGUUCAUCAGACGUUUUGCAUAUUUAUUCAAGAAUCGUUCAUCACUUUAAAUGUUUGUCCUCUCUAGCUGGUUUGAUAUUAAAAACAAUACAUUUUAAGGUUACUGCAGAGAAAUGAAACGUUUUGAUUGUUUGAAAAUCCAUUUUCAUUCUUGCAAGUCUAAGCCUUCCACUUAAAUCCUUCUGUAAUCAAAAUACUUCACACUCAGAUUUGACGUGAAACAUGUAUUGAACAUUGCAGCGUACUGAAGAAAGAACUAAUGCCAAGAAGGACUGCAGAGUCGUUCAUUCCCGUGAACAUACCACACACCCUUUAUUUUGCAAACAAGCAGCGGGGCAGCUGUCCUCUAAAUGGAAAACAGGGAUUUAACACCCGUGUUGGCAAGCCUUCAACCUGCUGAUGUUUUCUCGAGCAGCUCCCCAAGCUCUUAUCAAAGAGGGAGUAGUUGUUUAAAAUUUCUUACUACCUCCUUCAACCAACAUCAAGACAGUUUUCACAACAGCCAGUUGUCUCCAUAAAUCAGCUCAUUGCAUAUACCACAAAGCCACAAGAGCUGGCCCCCGUCUGUACCGAUAUUUCAGAGCUUGUGACUCAUGGAUUUUGAAACUGUAAUCUCCAUUUUGACAAGAUGCAUUUUAUUUUUAGUUGUGUAAUAUCUAACUUUGCCUUUGGGUGCUGAUCUGUCCCAAGGUCGCUUUUGCUUCUAACAUGAGAGACUGACACAUUUUUAAAUGCAUCUAACUGCCUGGAGGAGCUAACAUGAACUUUUUGACCUUUCCUGUGAUCAGGUGUUCAGCAAGGGAACAAAACGACAACAUUACCAUCAUUUUAUUAUUAAUCUGUUUGAAAUACAAUAAAGGCACAGGCCGAAAAUUAAUCUAUCUGUAAACUAGCAGUAAAAGGUUUGCACUUUUCUUUCAUUUGGUUUUUAAACACUGGAAUCUCCAGAAAAAGAAAGAAAGAAAUUAUGGAAAAUUUUGAACCAGGUUAAAAUAACAAGUGCUUAUGUAAGCAACCUGUUGCAGUAGUUACUGAAAGGCAGUGCUGUCACCAGUGCCUGACGUAGGACUCGUCUCUAUGACUACAAAACAAAAACGAGGCUUGCAAUCUAACAUGUGGUUAACUUUGUGAAAGGGUCCGUUUUAUCCCAAAUGUUGACCUUUUCCCAAACCUAACUGAAAAACAGAAUAUAUAUUUUAUAUAAAUAUGUAAAAACCCUCGUAGGUUCCAAAACAUUUAAAUUCAUCUGACUGAAUGUAUGAGGUCAAACAGGGUUUUAAGACCACCAAGAGGUGGGAUUUGUGUGAUUCUUCUACCUGGACAAACUCCUCCAAACAGCCACCUGGUGUGUGGCGUUUGUGUACGUGAUAGUUGAAACUUUGCUGUGAGCUUGUUUCUCUGUAUGGGCUCACUGUCACACAGUUUCACGUGAACUAUUUAUUCAUGUAUUCAUGCCUAGGGUGGCCCUUGUUCCCUUACUUCCCUAAACUGUAAGCAGAUGCUACUAAAAACAACCGCUGAAUCCACAUGGAGACCGGGCACGAGCAGAAUUAUCGACUGAGGGGCACAGUAGACAAGAUGAUCCUUGUCUUGGAAAGCGAGUCUCCGAACGCCCUCCGAUUCCCCGGCACUAAGGGCACGAGCAAUCAUUUUACCUUAAGACAGGUUACCACACUAAUAACAGAACUCAGCUGUAGGCUUUGUGUGUCUGUGUGUGUCUGUGUGGGGCAAUCGUCUGUGUGCACCAUGCCAGCUCAGUAAUCGGAACAGGAACUCGGGCAAAAUAGGAUUCCAUGUGCUCGACUCCUGGGCUGAAUAGAUGGAGAUUUUUUUCAUUUAAACAAUCUGCCAGUGCAGCUUAUGAUGUGUCUGUUUCAUGAUGCCUCCUCUCCCAGCCUGCGCACUUCUAAAAAUGCAAUUUUACACAUCAUCUCGGCUCAAGGUGCACCCACAAUACUCUGAGACGUCUGCAUAUUUAAUUCUCCUCUGAAUAUAAGGUUUGAGCAGUCAUACAGAGAAAGCAGAGAGAAUGAGGUUUCUGCAUUGAUGGCAGUUUUAAAGACGUGUUGCACACAGCGCAGAGAUUGCAGUGAUUUUUCUUUCUUGCCCUUUGCCCUCAGCACAGUUUCAAGCAAUUAAUAACAGCUAUUGUUUUAUCAGUCGUCCAACUACAGUGAUAUUUAGUGCUUUAUGAUUGGAUACUGUGUAUGCUAAAACAACAAGUGGUUUGUGGUCAGCAGUAACACAAAAUUUGACUGAAUUAUUCUUUUUUUGCUCAUUUUAAACAACUUUCUUCCACAUUUGCCAAGUGUUUGUUUAGCUUUUUUUCUCUAAACUAUAAAAAAAGACUGUACAGACAAAAGCUUUUCUAAAACUGUAAUUGUUAUUUCAACUUUGAUCCAAUUAAGUCAUUCAGAGUAGGAAAUUUGAUGUUAUUAUGAUAGUCAAGUGUUAUUUCUUAUCGAAACACUGGUGCAUCUUUUUAGAGAUGUCAUUUAAAAAUCUGUUUUGUAAUGAUUCUGCAAUGUUUGCCAUUAUAGAAGUUCCAGAUCAUCAGUGUUCACCUUGAAUACGUUUGGUGUUUUUGAAUGAUAACAAUGAGUGAAAACAAGACGCUUCUACAACGACAACAUUUCCAUCGUCCCUGUGAGUGAUUCAUGUGUUUCUCCCCCACACCAUCUCGUAGAAUAUUCAGAAUAAUGUGUUUUUUCCUAGAAGAAUAGUAGAGAGUCCAUUGACAAUGAACCCGAAUUGGUCUGCCGUGUUAUUGUAGAAAUCAGCAUAUCGGCCCAUCCUCUUACUGGUUGUUACUAACAAACCUCAGCUGAUGAUGUUCUCAUUGUAAUGGUAAGAAUGGCGAGGCAGGGGUAUAAAGGUAAAGGUGCCAUUUCUCUGCAGUGGCAAGUGAUUAAAUGAAAAGUUUGAAAUGUUACUUACACUCACUGACUGCGCACUUUACCUCACAAGUUAUUCUGCUCAGGCGGAGAAAGAUUUGUUUAAGAUUCGUAAAUACAACAUUGCCACUAACAGAGUGAACUAUUUGCAAAGCAUUUCCUUUGGUAAAUAGUUCCCAGCUGCCACAUAUCCAGUUCUUUCCGACUUUGUUAGCGCUUACUAUUGAUUUGUGGAAGAACAAUUGUGGCUGAAUCAACAAACAAUGUUCAUAACUGUUGACAAACCCUGUCCAACCAUGGUGUGUAAGCUGCCAUAUCCCUGCCUACCUUUCUUGUUGUCACCGAGUAUGUUUUAUUGUCAUAAGAAACAUUUAUAUUUGUAACAUUUUAAGUUUAUUUGUAUCCUUAGAAACAUGAAGAAGCAAAAUGGUUAUGCACACUGUCCUUCCAUAAACUAUGUAAUGGAAUAUGAUACUAAAUAAUAACCACUUUGUUAUAUAAACACAUUUCUGUGC